AUCGGGUUCGUGAUCCUGUGUCGGUCAGCUGUCGAAGGAAGCCAUGCGCACUGCUAAGAUAGGGCAUCAGAUUUCUUGCUCAAUUCUAGGUUGGCGAAUGCAAUAAGCUGUGUUGGUGUUUGCAUCUCCGAAGAGAUCUGAAGUUAUCUGAGUUGAUUGGUUCUGUUGAAAAGAUGGUACUUUGGGAAGGGUAUGUAAGUGAUGAAGCAAUGGGCACAUUUGCCCCAAUUGUGGUCUAUUGGGUGUAUGCAGGAUUCUAUCAACUUUUGCCUCCCCUGGACAAUUACCGGUUACAUACUAGAAAAGAGGAGGAAGAGAAGAAUUCGGUACCGCUUACGAUGGUUGUGAAAGGUGUAUUGCUUCAACAACUUGUGCAAGCCACUGUUGCCCAGGGGCUCUUUGUGUUGACAUCGAAAGCCAAUCUAUCAGGAGUGACAGUUCAACCCUCGAUACCUAUCCAAAUAUUGCAGUUUUCAGUUGCAAUGCUGGUCAUGGACACGUGGCAGUACUUUGUGCACCGCUAUAUGCAUCAGAACAAAUUCCUGUACCGCCAUGUCCACUCGCAGCAUCAUAGGCUGGUCGUCCCUUAUGCAAUUGGUGCUCUGUAUAAUCAUCCACUGGAGGGUCUCUUGCUCGACACUUUUGGCGGGGCGAUCUCUUUCCUUGUGUCUGGGAUGACCGCAAGAACCGCUGUGUAUUUCUUUUGCUUUGCGGUGGUUAAAACAGUUGAUGAUCACUGUGGGCUGUGGUUGCCUGGCAAUAUCUUUCAUGUAUUCUUCAGGAACAACACUGCUUAUCAUGACAUCCAUCAUCAGCUUCAAGGCACUAAGUACAAUUAUUCUCAGCCAUUCUUCUCCAUUUGGGAUAAGCUCUUAGGGACUCACAUGCCCUACAACCUUGUAAAACGACCAGAAGGGGGUUUUGAGGCACAACUGGUGAAAGACAAAUGACACAAUGACUUUCUGUUUUUCAGCAUUUCAAGCAUUUUCAUGGUGAGAACUUCAUUCUCGGGAUGUUGGGCAGAGAUGUUCUCAAAAGGCUCUGGGUUUAGCAGGACAUUGUUCUGGGGUUGUGAAUUUGUCUUUAGAUGAUUGAGUGUACUUAUUUUCUUAGUUGGCUGGCCCAAUUUCACCAAGGUAUUGAAGUCUUUGGUAGCUAUUCUGUCGUUUGCUCUUCAAUCCAUUUCUAUUUACGCAUGUGCUAGAUUUUUCAGGCAUAUCGAAGCUGAUGUAAAGAACAGGAUGAAGAUUCAUUUGUUGCAUUGUAUUGUUGUGAGGUUGCUUAGAGAAUAGAAUUUUUGUGUGG